AUGGGUCCCGAACCUACUGGCCAAGGGACGGAGUUUACAGGAAACCCGAAUGAGGUUGAUUCAGGUAGCAGUGAUCGGAAUCCGCCAACCCCUACUAGGGAGCAUGAGUUACAGACACCGGGAGUACCAUCCUCUAUACCCGCUCCAGGCACUCCUGGUUGGGUGAUGGGUAGAGCCCGAAUACCUUUGUUGGCGAAGUUUGUAAAAGAUCGAACUACUUUGUUCCAUGGGGGUGCUGAUCCUUGGGCGGCUCGUAGCUGGUUGAAGAACUUGGAGGGUACAUUUGGGUACAUGAAGUGUACAGAUGAAGAGGAGGUGGAGUUGGCUGCAUAUCAUCUUCGGGAUCAGGUUGUCACUUGGUGGGACAUGCAGAAGACGAUCUUUGGGGCACAACACAUCACGUGGUCGAUGUAUCGAGAGGCGUUUGAAAGGCAGUAUUUUCCGGCUAUAUUUUGUCUAGCUCGUCGUCAGGAGUUUUUGAACCUCAAGCAAGGCGACCGUUCUGUGAUGGAGUAUAAUGCAGAAUUCAGUAGAUUUGCUGAAUUUUGUACUCAUCUGGUGGCUCAGGAUUGUGAUCGGAUAUAUCAGUUUACUCAGGGACUUGCAGCGUACAUUCGGCUCAAGAUGUCAGGAUUUCCAGGUAGUUCUUAUCGAGAGGCGUUAGACCGGGCGUUGUUCAUUGAGAUGACUCAACAACAGGUGACUCUGGAAAAGAAUAAUGACAAGCAGAUGACGCAGAAUAAGGGAAAAAGAGGUCAAAGCUCACAGGUUACUCCUGGAGGGUCUCCUCAACCUUAG